AGGAGACGUCAGGAUGGACAGUGGGCGGAUUAAUAGCACGUAUGCAACGCCCGCUUGGGUUCCUCCUACUGAUCCGGGAGGACGCGCGCGAGGUUCUCAGCUCGAUUUGCCGCUUAUCUGGGCCUUUCCCCAAAAUGCAGGAUCCUAAUGCAGAUACAGAAUGGAAUGACAUCUUGCGUAAAAAAGGCAUCCUUCCUCCCAAAGAAAAGCUGAAAGAGCAAGAGCAGGCAGAAGAAGAAAGGGAGCAGCAGAUCCUCCAGCAACAAUCAGUUGUUAAGACCUAUGAAGAUAUGACUCUGGAGGAACUUGAAGAAAAUGAAGAUGAAUUCAAUGAGGAAGAUGAACGUGCUGUAGAAAUGUACAGGCAGCAGAGAAUAACUGAAUGGAAAGCAUCUCAAGCAAAGAAUAAAUUUGGACAAGUUUUGGAGAUUUCAGGACAGGAUUAUAUUCAGGAAAUUACAAAAGCUGGCAAAAACAUCUGGGUGAUACUGCAUCUUUACAAGCAAGGUAUUCCUCUCUGUGCCUUGAUAAACCAACACUUAAGUGGACUUGCCAAGAAGUUCCAGGAUGUCAAGUUUGUCAAAGCUAUUUCUACAACUUGCAUACCCAACUAUCCUGAUAGAAACCUCCCCUCAAUCUUUGUCUACCUGGAAGGUGACAUCAAGGCCCAGUUUAUUGGGCCACUGGUAUUUGGAGGCAUGAAUUUGACAAGAGAUGAAUUAGAAUGGAAAAUUUCUGAAUCAGGUGCCAUUAAGACAGACCUGGAAGAGAACCCCAGGAAACAAAUUCAAGACCAGCUGAUGACGUCCAUCAAGUGCUCUGUUACAACAAAGAGAGAAGAAAGUGACUCAGAGGAGGAUUAAGACCCCGCGUGCAGUUCUUAGCUGUGCCCAAUUACUCAGAAUUACUCUUCAAUGAAACCAGAGGAUUUAUUGCUAUAAAAUAAUGUGUUUUAUUUCAGCCUAACGAAUAUCAGUGGUAAAAUUCUUUCUUGAAAAAGAAACUUCAUUAUUCAUACAGGAAUAAAGUAAAAGCAAUUUUUAAAGUUGACAUACCAUUGAAGUCAUUUGUGAUGGAUAUUUACUAACAAAUGUGGUAUCUGCUUGUACUUUUAUCAUUAACUGUAGUAUACUCUCCCCUCUGCUCCAGUGUCACUUUAGGGCUGGAUAAAAAUUGUAUGAUACAUUUUGGAAGAGCUAUAUUGAUGACUAGGCCUAUAUUGAUCAGAUUAACCUGACCUGUUGUAGGUUAAUUUUAACACAAAGUUAUCUAAAUCAGUGUGUUUAUCUGCAUAUUUAUUUAAAAAUCUUGAAAUUAGAUCAAGUACAGGUAGCCCUCAACUUACAACUAUUCAUUCAGUUACUGUUUGGCACUGAAAAAAGUGACUUAUGACCAGUUUUCACAUGACCAUUUGAGCAUCCCCAUGGUCAGGUGAUCAAAAUUUGGGCCCUUGACAACUGGCAUGUAUUUAUGACAGCUGCACUGUCCCAGGGUCAGGUAAUCAAUAUUUGUAAAGUUCCCAGCUAGCUUCUGACAAAGUAAAUGGGAGAAGCCAGAUUCACUUUAACAACUGCCUUAUGGAAAUUUUGUGGUUGUAAGUAGAGAACUAUCUGUAAAGGAAAUAUAGAAUAGUUUGAAAAAUGAGUUUGUUCUUCCUCUUCUGUAUACAUGAGUUAAACUUAACAUAUAACAAUUGUAACUAUACUUGAUGAGUCAUUAAAAACGCAAUGACUUUAUACUGUAGAAUACAUUAUCUCUUCAGGAUAUUUAAUAAUGGUCCAAAGAAAUGUGCAUUAAACAUUGGCUUGGAUAAUUUCA